GCAUGCGCAGUGAGGUCAGAUGACAUGAUACUGGUCUGUUUUGUUUUUGGUCGGCUGUCUUCCGUCGGGUUAUACGAUUUUCUUCGGCUGUGACACGGACAAUCGGCAUUACAAGAAGGGACGACGUUAAAAAACACGACUAUGGGUGCCGUUUCGAGCACCGAGGCCGAAAGGGAACCGCUUUUAGUCCCAUCUUUAGCCGAGGCGAACGCACCGCCAGUCGUCCAUGGCAGAGUAUACAGGCGAAGAUGGCUGGUUUUGGCAUUGUUUUCUCUGUUAGGACUAAUGCAAGGGAUGGUAUGGAACUUUUGGGGACCUAUUCAAAACUCAGCUGUGCACGCUUAUGGCUUCACCAAGUCGGAUAUCGCAGGUUUGGUGCUUUGGGGCCCAGUAGGAUACGUGCCAUGGCUUCUUUUUGUGUGGCUGAUGGAUAAAAAGGGUUUGCGUCCGUCUCUGCUCCUCUCGGCCUUCUUAAUGUUGCUGGGGUCUGUUUUAAGGAGUGUCCCACUGAUGGAGGAACCACUCAGAAGAUGGUUGAUUCACGGAGGGCAGUUCCUGAACGGUUUGGCUGGUCCCACUAUCAUGAGCGCAGGGCCUUACCUCUCCACCACUUGGUUUGCUCCAGACCAAAGAGCCACUGCUACAGCUGUGGCAUCCCUCUUCUGUUACCUAGGGGGCGCUGCGUCAUUUGUCGUGGGUCCUAUGGUGGUCCCUGCCCCAAACAACACUCAGCAGACAAGCUUUUGGACAGCAGGACAGGGCAGUGAUACAACGAUUAGAGACAGGAUACAGCUGGUGAUGUAUGCUGAGCUGGGUGCCAUAGCUGUUCUUUUCGUGGCUGUUCUGCUGUACUUCCCAUCCCGCCCUCCUCUCCCUCCAAGUGUGGCCGCCGCGAGCCAGAGACUGAGCUACAGGAGCAGCAUCUGCAGACUACUCAGUAACUUCCGGUUCCUGAUGAUUGCGUUGGCCUAUGCAGUGCCCACAGGAGUGAGUGCAGGCUGGGCUGGAGUGUUGGACAUGGUCCUUACCCCUGCAAAAGUCAGCCAGGUGGACGCCGGUUGGAUCGGGUUCUGGUCCGUCAUUGGUGGAUGUGUGUUUGGAAUCGCCAUGGCAAAGUUUGCAGACUCAAUUCGGGGGAUGCUGAAGCUGAUCUUGGUGCUGAUGAUGGCUGGAGCAUCUCUGGCCUCAACAUGGUUCACUCUCACCUGUCUGAGCCAGUACACUCACCUACCCUCCACUGCAGCGAUCCUGUACACCUCCUGCAUUCUGAUUGGGAUCUUCAUAAACAGCAGCAUUCCCAUCUUCUUCGAGCUAUUCAUCGAGACAGUGUACCCGGUCCCUGAAGGCAUUACCUGUGGAGUGGUCACGUUUCUAGGGAACCUGGUCACGGGCCUGCUGCUGUUUUUUCUCACUUUCUAUUGCAAAGAGGUGUCAUGGCUGAACUGGUGUCUGGUGGGCUCGUGUCUCUUCAGUCUGGUUCUGCUUCUCUUCUUCAGGGAGACCUAUGACCGCCUCUACUUGGACGUCUUUGUGUCAGUGUAAAAACGAAAGACUGAAAUAACUCAAAUUAUUCAUAAUAUUAUUAAUUUUAUUAUUGCACAAUUUGGACAAAACAAGGGACUUUGGGAACUGUACAUGUGUAUAUUGAUGCAUCCAUGUCUACUGUCUUAAGUUUGUUUGUAUAGAGGCAGAUGAAGUUUUAAAGGGCCUAUAUUACACGAUUUUCUCAUCUGAUAUAAUGUUGUUUCCUAACCAGAAAUAUACCUGGAGUUGUGUUUUGUUUCACUGGCACAUUUUAAUGCAUAAACCCUGCAUAUUUGGAUAAAUAGAUAGAAUGAAAAAGCAGCUCCAACACGUAGACACAGUACAACACAACACAGUACGUCACAGAGAUAUAAACACAGGACAAUUUAACAAAACCGUCUUCUGCUCAUCAUGGUUAGAUUUUAUAUAUCAAGCUCCUCAUUUAGCUUCAGGACAGACUGAUGUAUGAAGGACUGUCUGAGCCUGACCCUGUUAAAGCGUGGAACACAAUACCUGCGCCUGGAUGGGAGCAGCACAUAUUCUGUGUUUAGAACAUGGUGAGUUGAUGUUCUUGGCCAGUCGCAUGGUGUUAUUUUGUAUGUGGUGUAAUAAGAUUCUCUCUAGAGUCUUUGUGAUUAUUGAGGUUAGUACUAUUGGUCUUAAAUGUUUGUGUUCUUUGGCACAUUGGAUUUUGAGCAGUGGUUCGAUGUGUGAAGUUUUCCAUUUUAUGGGAACAGCGCAUGAGUCAAUAGAUAAGUGAAACACUGAAACACAUUGCCAAGCUGAGGCCAGCGCUGUGGCAAAGUUCUUUAGACUAAAUGGGCUACACUUAUCAGGCCCUUCAGCUUUUUUGGAGCUGUUGCUUUAAGUGUUUUUCUAACCCCAUAAACAGUGAUCUUGAUCCUGUCUGAUGGUGCUAUUGGCUGAAUGUUGGGUAAUAUUGGCUAAAAUGUGGUCACGGUAUUUUGAGUUUUGGAUAUGUGACAGACUAAUGAUAAAAUGUUACUCAAACAUGUGGGAAUGAAACAAAAACAACUCCAGGGAUGUUUUUGAUGCGGUAAUAAUGUUCUAACAUUUCUCAAAGCUCACAAGAGUAAAUUUUGCCUCAUAUAGGACCUUUAACCAGGCCAUAUUGUUGUUUACAAAUGAUGUAAAUAUCUCCUUUGGACCUAAUAAGGAAGUACUUUAUGUCAUCGGCCAAUCAGAAGGCUUGUCUGACUCUAUAAGGGAGAAAUGUGUUGAUAGCCAAAAUAAAAAUCUACCAGCAUUUGGCUAGUGUUAGCUUCAAGACCUGAUGCAUAGGAAAUGUUAGCCUCGUGAACUGUUACAACGGAGAUACUAUUGAAGCAGGAUACAUAUAUUUUAAUGUAACUAUAAAGCUGCACUAUGUAACUUUUAUGGAAAUCUAUACAAAUGCAUAUGUUUUUUUCCACAAUAUGGCAUUAACGUGACUCACGUGCAAGUGCUAUUGCAAAAGAGGUUUGCCUCUCCACAGAUCUGUACUUGGCCUGGUGAAGUGACUUCACAGAAAUAGAUAAGUUUAAUGCCAUACUCUGGAACUUUCCAUGCAAAGUAUCAACAUCUCUAAGGAGCACUGCUUUAAUUAGUCAACAUUAAUAUGUUCUAAAGCUGUAUUCAUGGUAUGAGACAAUGUGAUAUUUGAUAACGGUUUUGUAUUGCCAUUCAAAUAUUAAUGUAAUAUUUGAAUUUACUUCUUGACACAAAGUUUGUUUAAAUUUAAACAAGCAUGUGAAUGCUUUAAUUUAACAAAUGUCAAAAUAACAGACUAAAGCAAGGCUAAACAAGGCUAAAGUAGGACUUAUUAAGGAAAAUCAUGAAUAAACUAGUAAUAACAAUAUCAAGUAAAGUAAUAACAAUAUCACAUAGGCCAAAAUUACAAUGUAUUGGCGAUAUAGUGUGCAUUUCAAUUGAAUAAUUUAAAACAUUGAAAUGUUGUAUCCAGUUUUCUUGGUGUAAUACAGUAACAAUCUCAAGAUUGGCACAUUGCAUUUGCAUUGUCUCAUGGUUUUAAACCUGUCAUUCAGUUUUUUGUAUUGUAAUUUAAACUGUAAUGUAGUAACUGAUUUGUUAUGUUUUAAUGCUUUUUGUUAUUGCCCGUAGUUUUCCGAUAUGUUUUUACACUAACCAAUUUACACAGAAAUGGUUGCAUUUGUUAAGCAGCUCCUCUGUCACAGCACCAGCCAAAAUGUCACAUUUAAGGGAAAUUUAACGGUUUUCACAUACAUUUUUUGAUCAUUUUAGUUUAUUCAAUUAAAGGUGUUUUCAAAAAUACAUUGAAGAACAUGCAUUCUUACUAUAAGUGAAAGUAACAUCUCCACAGAUCUGACCUGUACCUUGGUCUAGAAGACCUCCAGACCAGUGAAGAGUUAAACAUUCUAGGCAAAGCAGUGACAUCACCAUGAAGAUCUUCCAUCAGAAAAGUUCUAUAUUUAAAUUAUGUCCAUACAUCUUCUAUAAUACAUAUAUUUGAUCCAUUGACCAUGUAUUGUGAAUACAUCCUCUCACUCCUCCCAUUUACAUGGUGCUUGUUUUUUAAUGUUUUUAUUUAUUUGUUAACUGUUGUUUACUGUUUGGAGGUGCCCUGCCUUAAAGCCUCUGGUACUCUAAAGUCCAAACUGUGUCCUACUUUCCCUAUGCCUCUGUAUAAAUGUGUAUAUUUGUAUUGUAAACAUGGGGCUUUGGGAAUAAAUGUCCUUUGUGUGGGGAGCAAAAAUGUGACUGUUCAAUUUCCAGCACCUUAUUAAAAUCAUUUUGAG